GUGCAAAUAUGAGUGGAAAACUUCAUGGUUGUGUUUGCUUAGUAACGGGAGCCACGCGGGGCAUUGGGAAAGGUAUCGCGGUGGAGUUGGGUCAAGCAGGAGCCAUUGUAUACAUUACUGGACGUACAUUGAAAUCUGAUAGGAAAAAUGUUGAGGGUUCUUUAGAGGAAACAGCAGAAACUAUAAAUAAUUCUAAUUGUGGAGGCAAGUGCAUACCAGUGGCUGUCGAUCAUACAGACGAUGAUCAAAUCUCCAAAUUAUUUGAUCGGAUUGAACGUGAACAACACGGACGUCUUGAUAUUCUAGUCAAUAAUGCUUUCAGUGCUGUUGGUUUUCUGUUGAACAAUGUAGACAAGCCUUAUUACGAGAUUGAGAGUAAAUCGCCAGGUGAAGCGUGGGAUAUAGUAAACAAUGUUGGCUUAAGGAAUAAUUAUAUUUGCUCCGUUUUUGCGACAAAAUUGAUGAUAAAUUAUCAGGAGAAGUUGAAAAAGGAUGGUGUUAAAGAUGAUCAUCUCAGGCCGGGACUAAUAGUAAAUGUUUCGUCAAUUGGUGCAAGGAUUUACUUUUUCAAUGCAAUUUAUGGAGCAGGUAAAGCUGCAUUGGACCGUAUGACGUGUGACAUGGCUUACGAUUUAAAACGGACUAAUACUAAUAUAUGCAUCUUCAGUUUAUGGCCAGGUCCAGUCCGUACGGAAACUGUAGUUGCAGAAGCUACUGAUGGGACCCUGAAACUUGGCGAAAAGAUAGCUUUUCAUUAUGAUACCGGUAUGUUGAUAAGAGACUAAUUAAUCUUGUAAUUGUUUAUUUCCUGUAUGUAUACACUAAUUCAGUGAUGGAUUUGUCUAUCUACUGUUCUUCAGCGUAACUAACAAUUUCAGAGCAGUUUAUCACCAAUGUUACAAUCUUUCAAAGCUGUAGUUUUGAAAAUUAAAUUAACGUGUUGAACUAUUUUAUAGUGUUUCGAUCUUAAUUAUAGGCUGGUCUGAUAAUCCACUCAAUGGUAUGUGUGAAAUCUAGUGUUUUCAUGCAGUAACAAAGCCAUUCGUCUCACUGAAUAAAGAAUAUCUACUCAUUGAGUGUUUGCGUAGAAAAUAAUGUAGUUGGGAUCUGUGGAGGCAACUGUGUUAUAUCUUAUCAGAUACUGUCAAUAAUAUUGGCUGCUGUUUGUGAUUUAUCGAGAUUUGUUUGGACAUAUGGAUUGUCAGCAACUAGAAGCCUACUCAUUUAUACCUCUCUCGUUUUCUUAGAAAUUUUAGUUCUUUCAUUGUUGACUGUUAUUAAGUUAUUUCCAAACAACUUCAAAUGGUAACAGUUGAUGAUGACGUCUACUUUCGAAGUGAUCAAAUUUUCAGAAACCAUUCCAACGACUUACUUUUCAAUACUGCAGUGAUUAUAAGCGUUUUGGUCAUUUAACGAUGUUUAAUACUGAUUGUAGAAACUGCUUGUUGCUUUCUCAUAAUAGAAACAGGUAAUUUGCAACAUUUUAUCCAGUCUGAUCCAUUAGCUAUGAAAGACUGUUUAAUCUUAAAAUUUUACAUUUGAUCUAGUUUUGAAUUCUAACAGGUCACGUUUAAUAUUAAAUGGAAAUGGUUGCAAACACAUGACGUUUUCUUUUAUCUACAUUACCUAAGCUAAAAUAAAACUUUGAUGUAUCAUACCUCAUUACAAACUCACUGUUUAUACCUUAAAACUGUUGAUAAUGUAAGGUAAUAUUUAGAUAUUAAUGUAUAACUCGGUAAUUAGGUUAUUUCAGAAUGGUCAGUAAUCAAAUUUAGAAAUCAAAUUACUCAGUUGUCAAAAAGAUCUGUUAGUAAAGUUCCUAUCGAUCCUGCAGUAGCUAAACAAUUUAUAAUCUAGUCCACUAGCGCUGAUUUGGUUGUGGAUGCAAGGGCAUGGAAACCAGAUAAGAUUUAUUAAAAUCUUAUCAGAAUUAUGUUUAAUCAUCUUCCUCAUACCACUAUGUCUAUGUUAUAAAUAGAAAGAAACACUAAACUGAAACAGUUUUGGGAGUUCUGUUCAAGUCCAUGUAUGACUAGUGCUUUAUGGAAUGGCCAACGCACUUGACCAGAUUCUGUGUACUCUUUGACAGUGGCUUAGUGGUUAAAGCACUCCAUCUUCUACUAAUAAAUCCCAGAUUCGAGCACAAAUUCAUGUACAUUGAUUUGGGCAGCAUUUGUUUGAAAUAUCUUGUGGUACCGGUUGUAACCAUUCUGUAUAUACAUUCAUUUAAACUACUAUAUCUUUCGAAUCCACAUUAUUGCAACUUCUGUGAAUAUUAGUGUCAAAGAGCACCUUUAGUUCGAACAAUAAAUUAUUAAAAAUAUCUAAAUGUUAAGGUCGAAGAUUAUGUCCAGAACGUCUUUGAGUACGAACUUGUGACCAAUCGAACCCGUUUUCCUGGUAUAUCUAACAUUUCGAAAAAAAUCAAACUUUUACGGGAAACGAACUUGUCUUGCUUAAACACUUACAUGAUGGAUCGUUUUUACAUUUUUCGUGGUAGUUUUCAAACUACAGAUGAGGAUUCGCUUAAUUUGUACAUGACAAAACAUAAUUUGGAAAAAACUCGGUUGUGUACUAACAAAUGUUCCGAUUCGCUAAAACCUAUCGAUUACAUUAUAUUAACUCGCAUGAUUUUAUUCUUAUGGGAUAUCAUUGUACAAUCGUUAUGGAUUCGGCUGAGCCAGAGACUCUGAGUUUAUAUACUGUAAUACUGUGUUUUUCAUGAUCGACACUACGUAAAAUUCACCCGUUGCCAAACUGCUAAUCAGAAUCCUAGAAAAAGCAUCGGUGUAUUUCCUCCUUUUACCUCUUCCUACCUACAAAAUUUCUUGUCAGUUUAUAAAUAUGAAUUGAAAUCAUUAAUCUUAUUUAUUAGUAUAGGGUUGUGGAGAUUACUGAGUUUAUGAACUGAUCAAUAUUAGACCACCAUUGAAUACAUGGAAUCUCGGAGUUCUAGUGAGAAACCGUGACCAGUGAAUCUUAUUUAUAUUCCGUUUCUAGUAAACUCAUUGGAUAUUCAGUUCUUUCCAAAUAGCACACCGAUCAAGAAUAAUUUUUAUAUUUAGACGGAUUUCCCUAUGACAUGUAGUUUUACUUUCUCUUGGGUGUCAUACCAAAUUUUUCCCACUUAACGACGAACCUUCAUGGGUUAAAUCGUCUGCUGCAAAAGAUAUAUUAUUACAAACGCCCUAUAUACUGUUCGAAUUUCCAACAAUCGUAAUUUAUAGAAUAAUAGUUGAAAUAACUUGUCAAUUAUUAAACCUUAUUCGAUUACGUUCUCAUUUCCAUAUCUUUCUUCAAACGUCCAUUAAAUAUUGUUUUUCUCCCUUUUUCUAACACUGACAGCGGAAUCACCUCAGUUAUCUGGUAAAGUAAUUAUUGCGAUAGCAAACGAACAACGUGAUAAGCUACUUUCAAGAAAUGGUCAAGUCAUUCUAACUUGUGAUAUAGCUGACGAAUAUAGUAUUGAAGAAAUAGAUGGUAGAAAACCAAUUAAUUUACGUUCAUUACAAUUAGCUGUGAAAACUCAGUGUUCUUUACUUGGUUAUCUUAUCCCUGGUUUUAUUCGUAUUCCGUUGAGUUUGGUAACAUACAUUCUUCGUCGUCAAUAGAUUGAAAGUGAACAGAUUAAAAUAUUCGAUUAACUAUUUAUACAGUAAACUUAUUAUUGCAUAUUUUCACUUCUACAGUGUCUAACAGUAUUUUUUCCUAAAUUGCGCUUAAUAUCAUUACUUUUUUGGAUGCUGUUUCACAAUAUAUUUAAUGGUCAGAAUAACUGGUUAUUCUCAC